GCGAGACCUGACGAUGCGCCACCACCACUCAACUACGACAACUACCCUCGCUUAUACCGCCGUCUCGCCUCCUCCCUCUCACACAUGCACCGGCCGACAAGAGACGACCUCCUCCGCGUAGCAACAGGCUUCUGGGCACGCCUCCGCAUCCGUUGGAAGUGGUUCACCAUCCGCUCGUUUCGAAAGUUCAACGCAGACGAUAUAUCCGCUUUCAUUACCUGGUUCCUUAUGAGCCAGACCCUGUGGAUAUUUGUCGGAACAACGACAUUCUUCUCAGUCAUAUUCGCAACCGCAAACAGCCUACGCUUGCAAGAAUACGUCGCACGCUCGAUAAGCAACUACCUCACCAGCGAGACCGGCAUCACCAUCAUCUUCGAGUCCGCCGUCGUGCCCAAAUGGAAAGACUCCCGCAUCUCCUUCCGCAACGUCUACAUCUCCCGCCGACCCCUCCGCCUCCGCGCCCUGCCUCCGCCGCCUAUGGCGGGUGUUGGCGAGUGGGGGAUCACGCCGGCCGCGAGCGGGCACCGUGCGGCGGUGGGUUAUGAUGUCAGCGCGCAUCCUGCGUACAAUUAUAGCGGGGAUGGGGAGGAUGACGAGGAUGGCCAUCGGCGGCCGACGACGGGGUGUGAGGAAGAGGACGAGAACUAUUCGAUGUUUGAUCUGAAUGUGGAUUCGAUCGACGUGACGCUGUCGCUCGGGAGAUGGUUCGAUGGCAAAGGGCUCAUCGAGGACGCGGUGAUCAAGGGCGUGCGCGGGGUGCUCGACCGCCGCUCCGUGUUCUGGGACCCAGACAACCCGCCCGAGCCAGCGGCGUACCGCCACGCGCCGCAGCCGGGCGACUUCGAGCUCGCGUCGCUCGCGCUCGAGGAUGUGCUCGUCACGGUGUACCAGCCGGGCGGCUUCCGGCCAUACACUGCGUCCAUCUUCCGCGCGGACAUCCGGCGCUUCCGCAAGCAGUGGCUGUUCUACGACUUUCUGAGGGCGGAGAACGUGGUUGGGCAGUUUGAUAAUUGCCUGUUUAGCCUGCACAAGCCGCAGAAUAUUGGGCGGACGACGGAGCGGGAUUUGAGGGACGGGAAGUGGGCGAGGAUGACCCGUAUCCGGAUCGACGGCGUCAACAUCGACCACAUGCAAAACUCCACCACCGAGCCCGACGGCCCGCUUUCAUGGCUCACGUCAGGCAAAGUCGACGGCGUGCUCGACAUCAAGUUCCCCCGGCGCGACAGCGCCCCCGCCCCGCUGCUCUCAUCCUCUUCCUCCCGCGACGCAGACAACUAUGACUACGACGACUACGACGAGGACGAGGACGACUCGGCGUUCAACGCGAUUCUGGGCGAGCUCGCGGACGCGAUAUCGGUCGCGGCGGCGAAGGCGUCUGCGGCGGGGACGAGCGCGUCCGAGGCGCUGCUGGGGUUUGGGGGUGUGGAUAAGGACGGACGGAUUCCGGGGCAGCGGGCGCUGGCGAAGCCGCCGUUGAGUGCGCCGCCGAGGGCGGGGGAGCGGGGGGUGAUGGGGCAUGCGGAAGCUGAGGCGGGGGCCGGGACUGGGACCGAGGGUGGUGGUGUUGUCGUUGUAGGCCUUGGGGAUGGAGAUGGACGUGUCGUAGCGGAGGGCGUUUCCGCGCCGGGGCCAGCGCCGGGACUAGCGACGGGGCGGAGGCGGGUGGUGAUUGAUGUGGAUCUGAGGUUUAGAGAUCUGAAGGCGGCGCUGCCGCUGUUCCCGCGGGAGAUGUCGUACGUGAACAGCGCGCUGAUCAGGCCGAUUGUUGCGUUCAUGAAUGCCCACCACACGCUCGUGCCCAUACAUUGCCAGAUCGCGAAGGACUUAGGCGACUUUGACGGUGCUUGGACGAUGUGGGAAACGGGUCUCAUGGACGAGAUCGCACUCAAGACAUACGACGCGCUCGCGUACCACGUCACGCAGGCGAACAUGAACCGGCGCGUCAAGGCCGUCGGCGUGUGGAGCCUGCAGAUGACCGCGAGCGCGAUGCUCGCGGCGCUUCGGAACCUCGUUGAUCCGAUGACGAGCCAGCUGCGCGAGGCGUAUGCGGCGAGCGCGGCGCAGCAGUGGGAGGUGCAGGGGGUUGUGCCGGGGCCUUAGACUUAGGGCUUGGGCGCUUGUGCUUGGGAGUGAGGGUAAGGGUGGAGGAUAUUUUGAGUGAUAUCAGGGUGCACGCGCGAGGUUGGCUGUGGGGUGAGAUACUUGUGUCGAUUUGUGCUACUUACUUACUGUAUUGUGUGGGCUCACAAC